AUGGAGUUGAGCACCAAGUCGGUUGUUGCAAGUUUGGAGAUGUCGGAGUUAAAAAGCGGCAACGGAGGGUCUUCAGAGGGCGAAGAUUACGAGAGUUUGCCAUCCCAUGCUUCCCUAACGACCCAUAUGACAGCCGGAGCCGUAGCUGGCAUCCUGGAGCACACCGUUAUGUAUCCCGUGGAUUCUGUCAAGACACGCAUGCAGAGUCUACAGCCCGACCCGAAGGCUCAGUACCGGAGCGUGUACGGGGCGCUGAAGAAGAUCGUCCGGACCGAGGGUCUCCUGCGGCCCCUCAGGGGCCUGAACAUCACCGUGCUGGGCGCGGGGCCCGCCCACGCGCUUUACUUCACCUGUUACGAGCGUCUCAAGCGCACGCUCAGCGACAUCAUUCAGAACGGCGGCAACAGCACCAUCGCAAACGGAAUUGCAGGCAGCGUUGCCACUGUGCUUCACGAUGCUGUAAUGAAUCCUGCAGAAGUGGUGAAGCAGCGCAUGCAGAUGUAUAAGUCUCCGUACCGCGGACUGUGGGACUGCGUCGUCACGGUGACCCGCACGGAGGGCGUGGCCGCGUUCUACCGCAGCUACAGCACGCAGCUGACCAUGAACAUCCCCUUCCAGGCCGUUCACUUCAUCACCUACGAGCUGAUGCAGGAGCAGCUGAACCCGCAGCGGCAGUACUGGCCCGGCAGUCACAUCGUGUCCGGGGCCGUGGCGGGCGCCGUGUCCGCCGCCGUCACCACGCCGCUGGACGUUUGUAAGACCCUCCUCAACACGCAGGAGAACGUGGCGCUCAGCUCCGUGCAGGUCAGCGGGCACCUCUCGGGCAUGGCCAACGCGUUAAGGACGGUGUACCGGCUCGGCGGCGUGCCCGCCUUCUUCAAGGGGGUGCGGGCCCGGGUCAUUUACCAGAUGCCCUCCACGGCCAUCGCCUGGUCCGUCUACGAGUUUUUCAAGUACUUUCUCACCCAGAAACAGCAUCAGCUCCAGCAUCAGCACCAGCAGGUGCUGGUGAUCCAGGACGAGGGGACAGAGGCCAAGACUGGGCCCACAUGA